AUGUGUGCAACGACCGUGGCUCCCGAACCAUCCGCCCUGGAAGCUUCUGUAGUAGCCGAUGAGGACGACGACGAUGUUCGGAUUACGUCCGUGGAAACGAUUCCGAUUGCGUUCGAUCUGAGUGUGUUCCCGCCUCUACCAGGCGUUUCCCCAACUGGUGGAGCACCUUCGCGAUGUAAACCCGGACAAGGCGGAGAUAUUGCGCCAACGAUCGAAAGAGUCCUACUUCCGGGCCAAGGAAAGUUACCUGUGAUUGGCGUGGCAAGUCAAACAAUCUACAAAUGCACAUGGAAGGGAUGUGGCGUCAUAUACGUAUCUUGUUCUGAGGUCACCGCUCACGUACGAAAUGCACAUCUAGGUCCCCGCAAACCGGACGAGGACAGCGAUGAGGAGGAUUUCUUCUUCACAGAAAUUGAGGAUGAGAGUGACAGUGUACUUAGUGCACCCCAUCCACCAUCGACACCGACUCUGAACCUCCGUGAUAUGGCUCUACCCCCACUCGAGGAUCCGGAGUAUCAACGGCGAGGGCUGCUCUCGAUGUCCUCCCAGCGGCAGUCCGCUCUACAACAACAUCCCCAUCUGCAGCCACACCAGCUAUCGCUCGGGGCCGCCAUCAAACCGCCACUGCCAGGGCAAGGGCUGCUCUCGAUGUCCUCCCAGCGGCAGUCCGCUUUACAACUACAUCCCCAUCUGCAGCCACACCAGCAACCGCUCGGGGCCGCCAUCAACCCGCCACUGCCAGGGCAAGGGCUGCUAUCGAUGUCCUCCCAGCGGCAGUCCGCUCUACAACAACAUCCCCAUCUGCAGCCAGACCAGCAACCGCUCGAGGCCGCCAUCAAACCGCCACUGCCAGGGCAAGGGCUGCUAUCGAUGUCCUCCCAGCGGCAGUCCGCUCUACAACAACAUCCCCAUCUGCAGCCACACCAGCUAUCGCUCGGGGCCGCCAUCAAACCGCCACUGCCAGGGCAAGGGCUGCACUCGAUGUCCUCCCAGCGGCAGUCCGCUCUACAACAACAUCCCCAUCUGCAGCCAGACCAGCAACCGCUCGAGCCCGCCAUCAAACCGCAACUGCCAGGGCAAGGGCUGCUAUCGAUGUCCUCCCAGCGGCAGUCCGCUCUACAACAACAUCCCCAUCUGCAGCCAGACCAGCAACCGCUCGAGCCCGCCAUCAAACCGCAACUGCCAGGGCAAGGGCUGCACUCGAUGUCCUCCCAGCGGCAGUCCGCUCUACAACAACAUCCCCAUCUGCAGCCACACCUGCUAUCGCUCGGGGCCGCCAUCAAACUGCCACUGCCAGGGCAAGGGCUGCUCUCGAUGUCCUCCCAGCGGCAGUCCGCUCUACAACAACAUCCCCAUCUGCAGCCACACCAGCUAUCGCUCGGGGCCGCCAUCAACCCGCCACUGCCAGGGCAAGGGCUGCACUCGAUGUCCUCCCAGCGGCAGUCCGCUCUACAACAACAUCCCCAUCUGCAGCCAGACCAGCAACCGCUCGAGCCCGCCAUCAAACCGCCACUGCCAGGGCAAGGGCUGCACUCGAUGUCCUCCCAGCGGCAGUCCGCUCUACAACAACAUCCCCAUCUGCAGCCACACCAGCUAUCGCUCGGGGCCGCCAUCAAACCGCCACUGCCAGGGCAAGGGCUGCACUCGAUGUCCUCCCAGCGGCAGUCCGCUCUACAACAACAUCCCCAUCUGCAGCCACACCAGCUAUCGCUCGGGGCCGCCAUCAACCCGCCACUGCCAGGGCAAGGGCUGCACUCGAUGUCCUCCCAGCGGCAGUCCGCUCUACAACAACAUCCCCAUCUGCAGCCACACCAGCAACCGCUCGAGCCCGCCAUCAAACCGCAACUGCCAGGGCAAGGGCUGCACUCGAUGUCCUCCCAGCGGCAGUCCGCUCUACAACAACAUCCCCAUCUGCAGCCACACCAGCAACCGCUCGAGCCCGCCAUCAAACCGCAACUGCCAGGGCAAGGGCUGCACUCGAUGUCCUCCCAGCGGCAGUCCGCUCUACAACAACAUCCCCAUCUGCAGCCACACCAGCUAUCGCUCGGGGCCGCCAUCAACCCGCCACUGCCAGGGCAAGGGCUGCACUCGAUGUCCUCCCAGCGGCAGUCCGCUCUACAACAACAUCCCCAUCUGCAGCCAGACCAGCAACCGCUCGAGCCCGCCAUCAAACCGCAACUGCCAGGGCAAGGGCUGCUAUCGAUGUCCUCCCAGCGGCAGUCCGCUCUACAACAACAUCCCCAUCUGCAGCCAGACCAGCAACCGCUCGAGCCCGCCAUCAAACCGCAACUGCCAGGGCAAGGGCUGCACUCGAUGUCCUCCCAGCGGCAGUCCGCUCUACAACAACAUCCCCAUCUGCAGCCACACCUGCUAUCGCUCGGGGCCGCCAUCAAACCGCCACUGCCAGGGCAAGGGCUGCACUCGAUGUCCUCCCAGCGGCAGUCCGCUCUACAACAACAUCCCCAUCUGCAGCCAGACCAGCAACCGCUCGAGCCCGCCAUCAAACCGCAACUGCCAGGGCAAGGGCUGCUAUCGAUGUCCUCCCAGCGGCAGUCCGCUCUACAACAACAUCCCCAUCUGCAGCCAGACCAGCAACCGCUCGAGCCCGCCAUCAAACCGCAACUGCCAGGGCAAGGGCUGCACUCGAUGUCCUCCCAGCGGCAGUCCGCUCUACAACAACAUCCCCAUCUGCAGCCACACCUGCUAUCGCUCGGGGCCGCCAUCAAACUGCCACUGCCAGGGCAAGGGCUGCUCUCGAUGUCCUCCCAGCGGCAGUCCGCUCUACAACAACAUCCCCAUCUGCAGCCAGACCAGCAACCGCUCGAGCCCGCCAUCAAACCGCAACUGCCAGGGCAAGGGCUGCACUCGAUGUCCUCCCAGCGGCAGUCCGCUCUACAACAACAUCCCCAUCUGCAGCCACACCAGCUAUCGCUCGGGGCCGCCAUCAACCCGCCACUGCCAGGGCAAGGGCUGCACUCGAUGUCCUCCCAGCGGCAGUCCGCUCUACAACAACAUCCCCAUCUGCAGCCAGACCAGCAACCGCUCGAGCCCGCCAUCAAACCGCAACUGCCAGGGCAAGGGCUGCACUCGAUGUCCUCCCAGCGGCAGUCCGCUCUACAACAACAUCCCCAUCUGCAGCCAGACCCGCAACCGCUCGGGGCCGCCAUCAAACCGCCACUGCCAGGGCAUCAGGGCGCCCAGCUCCAUCUCCACCAUCAGCAACAACAACAACAGCAGCAGCACAAUCUGAACAACAACAAUGCCAUUAGUCAACAGGCACCGGGAAGCAAUGGCAGUAGCGGCAGCAGUAAUGGCGGUCGAAGCGCGGCCGUCCUCACGCACAGCAACACGUCGCCGCUGAUACACCACAACUACACCUGGUCACAAGUUAGUCCGCCGAAAUCGAUGAUGCCAAAGAAACGAAGACUCAGCGUUGCAUCGAACCCCUCCGAAUCUGCCGUUCCCGUUAUAGAUGAUACUACUUUAAAUGCUGAAGGAUCCGAAGAUUAUAUUGCAGAAGAGGUUGCAAGUAUCACUCCGUCUUUCCCUUUGAUCCUGAGCAAAGAUCAAGUGACUACUGAUCAUUCCAGCGAGGAAAAUCCAAUCGAUAGGUCCGAAAUUGGAACGUUCAAAAACAGCCAGCACACACAUCCUCCCCAUACGCUGCUGAUUUCAAAGGCAAAAAUGGUUCAUGCAUUAAAGCAGGAAUGCGCCAACCGGAGGCCAGGCACCUACGAAUCUGUGCGAAACAUUUUCGACAGGGUGUCUAAUACAACAGAGCACCAAGGCGCAGCGAAACACGUGCUUUACAAAAACGUGGCCAGUUCGAUGAGGAAGGCCAGAAGCACGUGUUUCCCACCUUCGCCGAAAACCCCUGCUGAAUUUCACGAACUGAUGGGAUCGGAGAAGGCGGCUGGUUUUCGUACCAUAUACGGACAAAAAUUUUACCACGGAUGUGUAGGCAAAACUCUGUUUUUUAUAGUACCGGCCACACUCGAAGCGAUAACGGAAAUCGAAAAAACUUCGUUAUAUUUUGAUGGAACUUUUAAAACGAAGCCAGCAAUGUUCAGCCAGCUGUUUAUGGCCUAUGCAGAAGUAGGCGGGAAGAUUUUCCCGCUAGCAUUCAUGCCAUCAGCUGACUCGGCAAAGGCCGAUGUUUACAUCACUAUUUUAUCGAAGAUAGCCGCUGUAAUAGAGCCGGCAAAGGUGGUAACAAUCGUGACGGACUACGAGAAGGCACUUAUGCAGGCUUGCCGCACGGUAUUCCCGAAGGCAAAUCUGCAGGGGUGCCUUUUCCAUUUUAAGCAGGCCAUUCGCAGGAAAAUAGUGAAUUUAGGAAUUCCUGUUACAAGCGAGACUUAUUUGGAGUACCGGCUGGCUAUGCAGCUAGCUCAUUUACCGGCCAGCAAGAUAGCAGGGGCUAUGGAUAUAGUAGUUGACAUUAUUAAACAGCGCACGACGGAUCAGCAGACAGCCGACCAGUUUGGCCGGUACCUACGGUUGCAGUGGCUUUGUAAUGUGUCACCGCAGGUGUAUUCUGUGUAUCACGUUACAACUACAACUAAUAAUGCAGCCGAGUCAUACCACGCGAAGAUGCUGGCGGAAAUCGGAUGUUCACCGACACCGUGGGCAUUCAUUGAAAAGUUGAUAAUGCUCGCCAAGAACGUUGGAGUUGAAAUAAGCCGGACGCAAAACUUGCCUUUCAAAAGGCAGCAGAGUGAACGGCAGCGACUAGUGCAGAAAUUGACGGCAGAUUAUGAUAACACAGGAAACGUUAAACAAUUCUUGCUAGCACUUAAUGCUAAUAGUAAGAACGUAGAAGUUGGGUACAUACCGCCACCUGAACAUGAGAUAGAGGACGAAAUCUUAGAAGGAUGCAUUAACUGCCAAAAAGCGGCGAGUUACAUACUAAACCCAUGCCAACAUACACCAUUUUGCGAUACAUGCGUUUGGGAGUUCAUGCGACAGACUUCAACAUGCCCAAUUUGCCAAACGGAAUGGAUUGGAGUUGCCAAAAAAAAUUUAGAAAAUCCUGCGCAAUAAAUCAAAUUGUCAUCAAAACAGAUGAAUAACAAACAACAAAGCAAGCGCACGCACAACCGUUUGUCCUAACAUUUGCGGAUCGAGAUACAUUCAAGAGAAAAAUUGUCAUGACAAUCACAGGGGCCAACAUUAUUGAAACGUUUCCAACUCGUGACUAAUCAGUUAUCUCAAACACAAAAUCAAAAUAGUUGCAACAUUAACAUGAGAGGACAGUGUCUUUGUUGAUGCGUGUAGGUUGACAAUUGAUUGACUAUCGUUUCCAGUUGUCCUUAACGUUCAACGCUUCGUCAUUCGUUGAUUGACUAUCGUUUCCAGUUGUCCUUAACGUUCAACGCUUCGUCAUCGUAAUCAUCGUCAUCAACGAAAC